CAAUUCCCAGCGGGCGGUGCUAUUGGUAGUGGGGGAGUCACGUGAUGCGGCGAGGUUGUUGUGACAGGAACUUGGAGGCUGGUCAUUAGUGGCUAUGUAAGAGUGAUGGCUCCUGGGCUGCUGCAGGUGGAAUGAGAGGUGACCGAGCCCUUCCCGCACUCCUUACUCUGUGACCCGCACGAAUAACCCCUGACUUCUGAGUGCCUGGGACUCCCCUAACCAUGGCAGACUGGCGGCGCAGGUUUAAGCUUUGUUGGUAGAAGCAUUGUUUUGACCCUUUCAAAAACGACAACAUGGCGGACACCAAACCUCUUCACCAGACACGAUUUGAAGCAGCAGUCAGCGUGAUACAGAGUUUGCCCAAAAAUGGUUCAUUCCAGCCUUCUAAUGAAAUGAUGCUGAAGUUCUAUAGCUUCUAUAAGCAGGCAACCUUAGGACCAUGUAAUACUCCAAGACCUGGAUUUUGGGAUCCUGUUGGGCGAUACAAGUGGGAUGCCUGGAAUUCCCUAGGGGACAUGUCCAAAGAAGAUGCUAUGAUUGCUUAUGUGGAUGAAAUGAAAAAGAUCCUUGAGACUAUGCCAGUGACGGAAAAAGUGGAAGAAUUGCUUCAAGUCAUAGGUCCGUUUUAUGAAAUAGUGGAAGACAAAAAACAUGGGCGAGGAUCUGGUGUGACAUCAGUACGACUGGACAGAGUGACUAAAUCUUUAGAAGAACUUGGCAGUGUCCUGACAUCUACACCAAAUGGCAAGGCAGUGAAUGGCAAGGCAGAGAGCAGUGACAGCGGCGCAGAGUCAGAUGAAGAACAGGCAGCAACAAAGGAAGUUAGGGAGGAAGAUGAAGAAGAGGAAAGUGAGCAUAGCGAGCAAGAAGACAAAGAUGUGGAACAGCAGCCUGGACACGAGAAGCCUGCAGAGAGUAUUGUUAAUGGUUUAACCAGAAACCACAGAGAGUUGGUAACAGAGGAGCCAACUCCCCUCCCUUCCAAAUGUCUCAGUGAGCCAGGAGAUAAGGUGGCCAUUCCGGACACACACAGUCCUGUGAAUGAUCCUGAAGCAGACAGAGAAGAAGACUGCACAGAGGAUAUUGCUGCAAUGCAGCAUCUGACAAGUGACUCAGACAGUGAGAUUUUCUGUGACUCAAUGGAACAGUUUGGGCAAGAUGAGGCUGACCACAGUCUGCUUCUCCAAGAUGCAAUGUUAAAUGGGGACAUAACAGAAACGUCAGCUGGAGGAGAGCUUAAAGAUGGGGGAGAGGAUGGAAAGCAGUCUGGUCAUGGAGCACAGAGAAAAACAUGGAGUGAAAAGUCUGAGCAUUUCGGUUCCAGAAGAGAAAGACCUAGUCGCAUGCAGCCUGGGGGUGAUGGAUCAAGAAGUGGACAGAUAGGCAGUGGUGGAGAUGGAGACCGCUGGGGGUCAGACAGAGGACCAAAUGGGAGCCUGAAUGAACAGAUUGCUGUUGUGCUAAUGCGGCUACAGGAGGACAUGCAGAACGUGCUGCAAAGGCUUCACUCUCUAGAAGUCCAGACUGCAUCUCAGGCACAGUUUCUGCUUCGGGAAUCUAAUAAUCAACCCAUGGAAAAGAAACCAUCAAGGUGGCCUUUUGGGAUCUCACCUGGCACAUUGGCACUGGCAGUUGUCUGGCCAUUUGUAGUUCAUUGGCUAAUGCAUGUAUUCCUUCAGAAGAGGAGGAGAAAGCAAACCUGACUGUGCUCCUGAAACCUACUGGUACCCUAAAGCCUAGCGGGGAUGCCCUCCUAUUGUCUCAGCUUGGCCGGCUGUGGCUCGAAGAUCAUCUUCUUCUAUCUGCUCUAGUAAAUUCCUUGCACUACAUGAAUGAUGAUAACCUAAUAAGGACUAAUUGUACUAAAGCUCGAAUACUGGAAAUACAUAGGAAGCCACACUGAAGUGAAUGAAACCUAAAUUAUUUUUAUCUAAGGAUAGCAUGUAAUAGAUCUAAUUGCCUAACGGUUACAGAAUGGGUUGAAUGAGUUUGGCACGAUACAGACAUGUAUAAUAAACACUGUAAGCUUAGGAGCUGUAUUUUUAACCAAAUAAAGACUUUAUUUGGAGGUGCUAGUUGUACCUUAAUGGAGGAGAGUUUGGGGUGAUUUGCAUUUUAGCCAUGUCUUCCAUAAUUUAGCAAAUCACUUUCCCUGCCCACCUUCAAUUGAAUUUUAGGAGAUUUUAGAAAUAAAUUGGCUUAGCCAAUAACCAAAAAGAAAUGUAGGCUAGG